AGGCUUCUUCGGCAUCGCAGAAGUAAACGCACGUGUUUGUGAGUUCGGUACGGCGUGGUGCUGUACGGUGGUAGAAAUUUAGCAAAAUUUCUCAAAAAAUCCCUUCUAAUAGUUUUUAGUUUGAGCUGUAUCUUGGACCAAAGAUAAAAGUGAACGCCGAGCAGUAUUUGCCGGUAUUUCGGAAAAGUGUUUGCUGUAUUGUUUAACAAGCAUGGGUAGACCAGGAUUCUCUCCCCGAGGUGGCGGUGGACGAGGUGGUGGUGAUCGUGGUGGACGAGGAGGUGGUGGCGAUCGUGGCGGACGGGGUGGUUUCGGCGGUGGCGGAGGCGGACGCGGAGGUUUCGGUGGUGGUCGUGGCCGGGGAGGCUUCGGUGAUCGUGGAGGCCGCGGUGGAGGCGGUGGUCGAGGCUUUGGUGGUCGCGGUGGUGGAGGCCGUGGAGGUCCCGGAGGUCGCGGUCGCGGUGGACGCGGAGGCGGUGGAGGACGCGGUGGCUUCAAGGGUGGUAAAACCGUCGUCAUUGAGCCACAUCGUCACGAGGGAAUUUUCAUUGCGCGUGGUAAGGAAGACGCGCUGGUUACGCUGAACCUUGUGCCCGGAUCGGAAGUCUACGGAGAAAAGCGCAUUUCAGUCGAGACCGAUGGCGAUAAGAAGGAGUACCGUGUGUGGAAUCCAUUCCGCUCAAAGUUGGCCGCCGCCGUGCUGGGUGGUGUAGACAAAAUUCACAUGCCACCAGGCAGCAAGGUGCUGUACCUUGGUGCCGCUUCCGGCACAACGGUUUCGCACGUGUCCGAUAUCGUCGGCCCGGAAGGGCUGGUGUAUGCUGUCGAAUUCUCGCACCGAUCCGGACGUGAUUUGUUAAACGUUGCGAAAAGGCGUACCAACAUUAUUCCCAUCAUCGAGGACGCUCGUCACCCACACAAGUAUCGCAUGCUGGUCGGGCUGGUCGACACCGUAUUUGCCGACGUUGCCCAACCGGAUCAGGCUCGUAUCGUAGCACUGAACGCGCAUAAUUUCCUCAAAAACGGUGGCCACUUUGUCAUUUCAAUUAAGGCAUCCUGUAUCGAUUCGACAGCCGUGCCGGAAGCGGUAUUUGCCGCCGAGGUCAAGAAACUGCAAUCGGAAAAGCUUAAACCUCAGGAACAGAUUACGCUCGAACCGUACGAGCGAGACCAUGCAGUGGUUGUAGGUUGUUACCGACCGCUGCCGAAGUCCGCAGCGUAACGGGGUAGUCCGGUCUGGGGGUCUCGGGAUUCGCGGCUCAGGGCUAGGGGGAGGGGGGGAGUCUUUUUUAGCUUGUAAGAACUAUUUUUUUUUCUAUAUUUCAACAACAAAAUGAAACAAUUACAAAGCAUCAAAAGCUAUCACUAUGUAUAAACAAUACAUAAACGAUGAAAGAGAGAUGAAGGAUCGGUGUAAUAAAGUCGUUUAAUUUUAGCAUUCUUUUCCGUUGGACAUACACACCCAAUACGAGACAGAUCGAAAAUAAAUAGAGGUAUAUUACAACACAA